AUGCUUCCCGCACUAUAUCACCCAUCCCACCUUGGGCCGUCAUCAAAGCCUGGAUCCAUCGCAGGCCGCGUGGGUGUAUGGGCCGUCCAAAUAUGGAAGUAA